AUGGAGUUUUUGACAAAACUUGGGAAGGGGAACCUGGAGCUGCUCCUGCAGAAGGAGCUCCUGCCGAGGGUGCACCUGCUGAAGGGGCCCCGGCAGAAGGUGCGCCGGCGGCACCUGCAGAAGGGGCGCCACCCGCGGAAGGUGCCCCUGCAGCGCCACCUGCAGAAGGAGCCCCCGCAGCGCCACCCGCAGAUGGAGCUGCUCCAGCGGCACCUGCAGAAGGAGCACCAGCAGCGGCACCUGCAGCGCCUGCGGAAGGUGCACCAGCCCCUGCCCCACCAGCAGAAGGUGCCCCAGCCCCUGCGGCGCCGGCAGCGGAUGCCGCUGCUCCAGCGCCAGCACCUGCAGCAGAACCAGCGCCUGCCCCAGCACCUGCGCCUGCGCCGGAGGCACCUGCUGCUGCACCUCCACCAGUCGAAGCGUCCGCCUAAAGAGUGA